CACCUCACUUAUUUACUUACAUAUAUAAAGGGCGGAGGAGGCAGAGAUGUGACGAAGAAAGACGGAGGAGUAAAAGUUGUCAGAAAGAAGGCGAGAAAGCCAAAGUUCUUGGGGUUGUUGUUACCGUUGCUUCUACUUGCUGUUCUUGUUAUAGCUGUUACAUUGUUGUUGUUACUGUUGCUGUUUACUGCUGCUGCUGUUUUUUUUCCUCUCACAUCUCCCUCAUGUAUUCCUCCGAGUUUGAGCUGAAGUUUUCUUUGCCUUUCUUUUCGCUUUACUUUUUACCCUUUCACUUAGUUCUUAUUACCUUUUUACGAAGCCUCUCCUAACUAUUGAACUUACUUCAUUUCUUCUUGCCUAUCUCAAUCAGGCACCCUUACCACUUACUGUUGCUACAAGUGUGUUAUUGUUAUCAUCAUCAUAUUUAAUAUUGUUAUUACUACCAUCAUUUCCAUGCUGAUAUUUUGGAGGAAGAUUAAAAAAAAAAAAGAAGGAAAACAACAGGAGAGAAGAAAGAAAAUACAAAGCAAAACACGUGUAACAAGUGCGAAUAUUUUUUUCAUUUUUGAAAUUCAACCUUUAAUAUUUUUCAGCUUGCUCUCAGACUUUCUUCUCUUGCUUUUCAAUUCUUUACAAACACACGCACCCACUCACAUAUACAGAAUUCAAUACCUACCUCUUAAGAUUUUCUUCUAUUUCCACUUCGGUAUAAAGUUGUUUGAACGUUGCCUGUUUUCCAUCCAGUAGUCACACUCCUCAAUUCCAUACACUAAUAUAUAUUAUAUAUGUCUAUAUAUCUAUAUACACUUUAGAUAUUUGGUAGGAAGUUUGGGGCUUUUGACAAUGAUCCGAAAGGAAUCGACAAUAUUUAUAAAGAAGCCAAAGCGCCAUGCGUUAACAAUAUACAACUUUCAAACAAUUUCUAUUUGUUAAUACAAAUUGUACAACAGUCAGAGAAGCUGCCUGAAUGUACAUACAAAUAUAACCACAAACACACACUUAAAUCAUUCAUCAAAUCGUUGAAAAAAAAACAAUAAAAACGAAACUAUAAACAAAAACAACUAUGCCUUAUCAUACUUUCUCAUUUCAAUAUAUUCAUGGGAUUUCUACAUAAACACUUAAUGGACAUACAUUAACAAAGCAUGAUAUCUCAUUACUAAAAAUCAAGAAUUUAUCACUUGAGAUCGCAGAGCUGAAUGAAGUAUUAUUAAGUAAAACUUGUAACCAUGAUGGCACAUCAUCCAAUUCCAAUGCGACUCUGUCAAGAGUUGGUCCUUUUGUUAAUUGUGAUCCUUGCUACCUUAAUUAAAGGAGAACUGAUUCAAUACUUACAAGAACCAAUGUCCACUGUAGUACUUCAAAAUAGUCCAGUUGUCUUGACAUGUCCAGUAACACCUGUAUCAGCUCAGGUACAAUGGUACUAUCAAGAUAAACCCAUCAAUAAUGACUAUCAAGGAGUUAUGGUAAAUGGGACCAGUCUUUCCAUAAGUGAAUUCCAUUCUGGAAAUACAUUAUAUUCCCAUGAAGGAAUGUAUUAUUGUAUUGCAACUACUGAUGUUGGAUCACUCAUCAGUCAACCUGCCUGGCUGCAAGUACCUCUCUUUGAUGGUUUUGGAUCUGAAGAAGAUGAGGAAAAUAUCACAGUUCAUGUUAUUGAAGGUGGAACAGUGUCUUUACCAUGUGGCUCUGUUUACAGUCGACCUAAAGCACAUCUGGCAUUUGAAAAAAUAAAUGAUACAGGCAAUAGUAACUCAAGUUAUCCUAUAGUUACACCAUCCAACAAUUUAUUAAUCAGCAAUGUCCAAGUUGUAGAUGCUGGCAUCUAUAAGUGUGUUGCUACAAACCCUCUUACUAACGAAACUUCAACAUCAAGCCAAGCAGUAACAUUGAACGUCAUCUCACUUGAAUCUGCCCAGAACCAACCACCAUUUAUAUUUGGUUCCAAGAAACCAACCAUCCUCAAUGUUCCUGAAGGAGAUGCUAUUGUAUUGGAAUGUGCUGCUUAUGCAAAGCCCUUACCAAAAAUAACCUGGAGAAAAUAUGGGGGCCAAUUAUCACAUGAUAAAAGAGAAGCUAAGCUUUCAGAACGUCCUAAAAUUGACACAGGUUAUGUUGUCGUUGAAGAAAGCAGUAAAGCAAUCCUCAGCUGCAUCAUUAACAAAAAGUCCAACUUUUCUAUCAAAUGGUAUCAUAAUGGUCAACAGAUAGUUAAAAGUAAAAACAUCAGAAUCCGAGAUACAUCUAUUGUUAUAAAGUCUGCUGACCUCUCAUCAUCUGGAUUGUACCAGUGUAUGGUGCACAACAUUCUUGGUGCCCUGUAUGCUGUGAUUCAAUUGGAGGUAAAACCUAUGGAGAACACGAAAGACAAGAACAAUACACAGAUUACAAUAAAAGAUAAAAAGAGAAAACAUGGUUCUCAACAAACACCAAAUGUAAAUAAACCAAAAUCACACAGGAAAAAUAAGAAUGGAAGAUGGAAAGGCAGGCCCAAAACAAACAAAAGAAAGAACAGAAACCGAAAGAAAAAUUCUAGAGGCAAAUCUAAAAACAGUGACAUGGUGGUUCCAACCAAACCCAAGGUGACAAAGCAAAGUGAUACAUCUGUAUUGGUUGAAUGGACAAUUCCUGAUAAUGACGGCCUGGCAAUCAAGUUUUUCGUUGUACAAUACAAGGAAGUUUUCCCAAACAAAAAUCAUUGGCACACUGAAGAUGAACAAAUUCUCAGCAAAUACCGCAAAGUCACUGUCAAUCGUCUUAAACCUGAUGCCACCUAUAAAUUCCGAAUAGUGGCAGUUUAUAGCAAUAAUGACAAUGCUCCAGGAGACAACUCUGACCCUUUUAUAUUGGUAUCUGAUGGUGAUCACAGCUCAGUAAAGCGCUUAAUUGAUGGACCAACAAUUGUCAAAGUUGAAGAAUUAGUUGUUGACAAAAUUUAUGCCAUAGUUGUUGAAUGGAAGUAUAUUCGAUUGAAAUCUGUUCCAAUCAGUGGUUUUAUAAUUUUCUACAAACGUUACCAUUUGGAUGUAUCUUUUACCAACAUAACCCUCUACAAGCCUGUGCUGCGUAAACACAUCAUUAAAAACUUGGAGCCUGGCACUGAUUACAGAAUUAAGAUGGAGUGUUUUAACAAACAUGGUUACAGUAAAUUCAGUAACAAAGUAGUUAAACGGACAUCUCCUGCUGAAGAUUCAUCAUCAUCGUCAUCAUCAUCAUCAUCAUCAUCCAGUCCAUCAUCAUCCAGUCCAUCAUCAUCAUCAUCAUCCAGUCCAUCAAAUUAUGAUCCAAGCAAGACACAAGUUACUACACUCCAAAAUAACAACCAUCAUGAUCAUAACAGUUUCCAGUCUAGUGGAGAAUUACUUUAUAAGAUUUUAGGUGGAAUUCUCUCAGUAAUGGUUCUUGUUCUCCUUGUUCUCAUAGUCAUGUGUUGUAUUCGACAGAGACAACCACCAUUUCCAAGAGCAUCAUAUUAUAAAGAAUCACUGAGCAGAAUGAAUGGCUCUUUGAGUAAUGGUUCCCACCAUUCCCACCAUAACCAGUACUGUCAACACAGUCCCAUACAACCAACACCAAAGUCUUACACUGUCACUGACCUAAUUGAUGGCUAUACUUCAGCACCUAUAUCUUCAAAACCUAUGUAUCCUGGUCAUGUUGGCAAUCAUGUACAUGAAGAUAUGUACAAUCAUUCUGUAGGAGAUUCUAACUGUAAUAAUAUUGAUCAGUCUAAAAGUCCACAAAUUAUGCAAGUUAAGCAUACAGGAACAAAUAACCAUCAGCAUGCUAAUUGCACUAAAUUAGAAAAACUGAAACCUGGUGGUUCUUUAAAUGGUCUAGAGCGUAUACUGCCAGGUAAUAAACCAGGACAUUUGAUGUCCUCUUCAAACAGUGUCAAUCACAGCUGUGGCUCAUAUGAAAACAUGCCCACUAUGUCAAGUAACAAUUGUUUAUUCCAUCCACAAGAGAAUUCUAUGGUUCCAAAUACUAAUGAACAUUCACAACCUUCUGAUAACUUUCUCAUAAUGAACUCACACAACUCAAAACCUAAGAAGAAACGACAGAGGCAGUAUACAUAUGAACACUCAACACGAGACCAAGCCACCAACACUGACCUCAGUAGUAAUGAAGGCACUCUGGAAUUUUCUCCUUUGAAGAAAUCGCCAUCCAUACCCGAUAAAGAACUCAUUUCUUCAGCAUACAGUUUGUCCAAUUCAAAACCAAGUAUGCAGACACUAAAUACAGACACUCCUAUAUUAGAAGAAAAUGUUUGUUGAGGGUUAAUCAACUUUAUAGUUCUUACCAAGAAUUUAUUAUCCUAACCCAAAGAAUGUUCAACAAUGUACAUGUGUGUGUUGCAUGACUUGUAAUGUAACAUAA